AUGGUUAGUCGGGCAUUGAUAGUCGAAGAGGACCAAAAAGAGAUUGUGCGAGAACUUCGGGCGAAGAGGUCGAGGUCGAACUUUUCGAUAAAGGUCGGGAGUUCAUCGUGGAUUAAAAAUGUUAAGGGAGAUGAUGUUACACCAAAAAGAAAUGAAGCUAACAAAGUUGCACGUGUCAAGUAUGAAAGGAUACACCCCGAAAACUGUUUG